GCUGGCAAAUGGGUUAUUGGCACACCAGCCGGCUGAACUGUAGCGGACGGCGACUCCAACUAACGACCCAAGUGUGCGGUCGUCCUGUUUCCGCGCGUUCAGACACAGAUUCGUGGACACCGCUGCGGAAAACUUGCAUAUUUUUGCUCCUCUAAUUAAAGACAUAAGUGAUGCUCGGUAUGUGGAUCCACUCUGAGGCUGCGUGAACGGCGAUUUUCUCAUGUGACAGCAGUUUAAUGUGCUCUUUAUUUCAGAGGAUUACUCCUUCCUUCAGUAACGAUGGGUUCUGUGAUGUUGGACUGGAGAUUAUCGUGGCUUCUUCUGCAGGCUGCUGUUUUGCUGCUGCUCAGCAAGGGGGAGAGGAUGUGCCCUGUGAGUUGUCGCUGCGAAGGAAAAAUUGUUUAUUGCGAGUCUGGCAUCUUCCAAGGCAUCCCAGAAAACAUCACCACAGGAUGCCAAGGUCUGUCUCUGCGCUAUAACAGCCUGCUGGUUCUGUUGCCGUACCAGUUCGCUCACCUCAAUCAGCUUAUCUGGCUUUAUUUGGACCACAACGCCAUCAAAGAUAUAGAUGCUUUAGCCUUUCACGGUGUGCGCAGGCUCAAAGAACUCAUCCUCAGCUCCAAUAAAAUAAGUCAUCUGCACAACACCACAUUCAGCGCUAUACCAAACCUGCGAAAUCUGGACUUAUCUUAUAAUCAGCUGCAGACUCUGCAGCCAGGGCAUUUUUAUGGCCUGCGCAAGCUACAAAAUCUCCACCUUCGAUCUAAUGGCCUGAAACAGAUCGUCAUUCGUACCUUUCUGGAAUGCCGCAGCCUGGAGUUUUUGGACUUGGGUUACAAUCGCUUGCGGAGCCUGACCCGCACAACGUUCUUAGGGCUGUUCAAGUUGAAAGAACUUCAUUUAGAGCACAAUCAAUUCUCCAGGAUUAAUUUCUUCAUUUUCCCGCGCCUUACCAACCUCCAAGCUCUUUAUUUGCAAUGGAACCGCAUACGAUCCAUCAAUCAAGGCAUGCCUUGGAUCUGGCACAAACUACAGAAAUUGGACCUGUCAGGGAAUGAAAUCCAAAUCUUGGACCCGGCGGUUUUCCAGUGUAUGCCGAAUUUACAAAUACUCAACCUUGAAUCGAACAAGCUCAGCAGCGUGCCUGUGAAAGCUGUGGCAGCGUGGACGUCGCUAACCACGGUCAGCCUGGCAGGUAACUCCUGGGACUGCAGCCCCAGCAUCUGCCCUCUCAUGGGAUGGCUCAUAAACAUCAGAGACGCCAAAGACAUCAGUAUGAUAUGCAGCAGUCCCAAGUCUGUGCAGGGCGAAAGAGUUGUGGAUGUGGUGAAGAAUCACUCCACGUGUGCGGACAUGUCCAGUGUUUUCUCAACCACCGCUCUCAUCCUUGUGACUUCCACCCAAGGUGUGAACAUCUCCACUCCCCCCUCCUGGGUUACAGACUCUGCUCCACAUCACCCUUCUCCCCUUCUCCCCCUACAUCGUUUAUCCCAGGAGCUACAGUUUGAACAUAUGGCUUUCCAUAAAAUCAUUGCAGGCAGCGUAGCCCUGUUCCUGUCGGUGGCAUUGAUCCUUCUGGUUAUUUAUGUCUCGUGGAGGCGCUACCCCAACACCAUGAGGCAGCUGCAGCAGCACUCAGUCAACCAUAAGCGCCGGAAAAAGGCCCUUAAGCAGGAGCAGGACCUCAACUCUCAAUUGCAAGAGUAUUAUCUGAGCUACAAUUCAAACUCAGAGACAACGGACUCUCUGGUGAACGAGUCGAGGCCGUGCACGUGCACCAUAUCAGGAUCCAUCGAAUGUGAGGUCUGAGCUGCCAACUCCACCUUACGAGACUAAAAGUGCAAUUGCCAAGCAGAGGUAAAUGUUUUCUCCACAAGAUUAAGUGUUUUUAUCUCUAAUGUGAGAUGAUAGAUUCAGAAGCACGCACUGAAGGAAGUUCUUGGAGACAUAGUAGAAUAUCAUUAUGUGCACAGAAGAAGAAGACUGGAACGGAGAGAUAUAUUUGGAGCUAAUUAUUGCUCUGACUGACACAAGAGAGUGGCGGGGUCAGCCAGGUUAGCUGUGUACGAUCCAACUCAACGCCUGGACCUCUGCUACAGCAGAAGACCCUGUAGAGAGACUGAUCUUAUUCUUAAUCAAAUUAUAUCGCCAUGGAACAUACGAACCAACAAAGCCACUUUUUACUUGCUAGUUUUGAUUUUUAUUGUGUAGCUUGUGAAGCAUUUAGGAUGUACGUGUGCAUCUUUGAGUGUAUGUGUGUGUGUGAGUGUGUGUGUUAUGGAGAUGAUCUGAUAGUCUCCUGGUUUACUGACUUGUGGUUGGUUGGGUUACAGUGUUGCACCUUAUUCCCAAAAGAUACUAUUCGUCCAGCUAAACUGUUCUACUAUUGCAGCAACUCGAAGCAGCACUACCACGAAACGUGUGGGAACAAUCGUAGAGAGAGCAUCUUGUCCUGAGAUCUUUUGCAUGAAUUAAUUCUCCUUACUUAUGAUGCUCCUCUCGCUUAUUAAAUGAUCAGAAUUGAGGACAAAGUUGCAUCUCGGUUCAUUACGUACGCGUACGCGCCAAACAAACUAACUUUAUUGAAGUCUAAUCUCAGGACCGAUGUUUUCCAAGCUGUAAAAAUCUGUCAGGUCCCACGAAGGCCUUGGUUUGUCAAAUGUAACUGUUGAUUUUCAUAAAGGAUUUUGUAUUAUGAAUAUGCAUUGUUUGUGUAAAGACAUAACAGUAUGGGUACUAGGCAUUCUAUGUGAUAAUGACUGUAAUUAAAAGAAACUGACAAUU